GAUACGGAUAGACAGUUUUAAUUCGAGAAAACAUUGGUACUUUAAACCACGAAAGAAACCGCGUAGUUUUUUUUUAGUCGUCGGUACUUUCGUCUGUCGUAUGUGUUCUGCGGUCACGGUUCGAGCUCAGUUUCCUUGUUUUAACAACUUGGAAACAGCCUCGGAGUUCUGUCGAUGGACGGCAGGUAAGCCAACGACGUCGACAACACAUGGAUCAUCGGACUGUUUACUCCACGUUGGAGGCUGUGUGCGUGGAAACCAUCGCAGCACUCACGAGGCUUGAGAGUUUGCGGUGCAGUGAUGCCACCGCUCGACUCUUAGUGACGAUGACACAUAUUCAGGAACAUGGCCGUGCUGUUGAGGGCCUGGUCACUGGCUUUGCUGCUGUUUACCACCACUUUGAUUUUGACCCCCAGACACCUGGAAACGGCUACCGUACCUUAGUCAAGGUGGUACAUUCUUGCAUUCUCCAUAUAAUCCAAAAGGGACGCUACAUUGCCACAAACUGCGGGGGGGUCUUCUUCCGUGUGGAGCACAAUGCUGGCGAGAUGCAGACGUACUGUGUGGCCCUGUGCCAGCUGCGAGCAUUGCUCUAUUUGGCCCAGCGGUUGCUCGGUGAGAAUCAGCAUGGUCAGCUUUACUCACAGGACAGAGAACUGAGUAAGCGGUUCGUAAAGGAAUACACAUCCAUGCACAAGGCCUGUUUUUACGGGCGAUGCCUGGGCUUCCAGUUCUCCCCCUCUCUCAGACCCUUUCUGCAGACAGUGGUCAUCAGUAUGGUAUCAUUUGGAGAUAACUACAAGAAACAUCAGACUAGGUUAGGGAGAGCAGCUCUCUCAUUCUUCACGUCUGGGAAGUAUGUUGUGGACCCUGAGCUGAGGGGGGCCGAGUUUGAACGCAUUACUCAAAACCUGGAUAUGCACUUCUGGAAGACCUUCUGGAACAUCACCGAGACAGAGCUGAUAUCCAGUUUGGCGAGUAUCACGUCUAACAUUGUGCAGGUGAACCUGAUGCUGACAGUCCCUGGAGAGCCCCUAGUUUUGCCACUGUCCUCAGACCCCAACCUCUCAGUCACCGUGUCACCACCACUUGCCCACUGGGGGCCAGGACCUGUACACAUGCGGCUGAUUUCCCACUCCCUCCGCCAGGGACAGGACAGUGCAGAACUGCUGGUAUUCUCUGGGCCCGAAACCCCUCUGCGCUCUCUCACUGUGGGCCCCAGGCUCCAGAGAGCCUGUCUCUCUCCGUGGCUUCUCGUCCAUUUCCAUGGGGGGGGAUUUGUUGCCCAGACCUCCAAGUCUCAUGAAAGUUAUCUGAAGAGCUGGUCAAGGGAUUUGAAUGUACCUAUUCUUUCUGUGGAUUACUCACUGGCCCCUGAAGCCCCCUUCCCCCGUGCUCUGGAGGAGUGUUUCUAUGCUUACUGCUGGGCCUUAAAGAACUGCAACUUACUGGGCUCAACAGCGGAACGUGUGUGUCUGGCAGGGGACAGUGCAGGGGGGAAUCUGUGCAUCACUGUCUCCAUGAAGGCCAUGUCCCAUGGAGUGAGGGCCCCAGAUGGCAUCAUGGCCGCAUACCCCGCAACGCUUCUGACGACAGAUGCCUCACCCUCCCGGCUCCUGACUCUCAUCGACCCUGUGCUGCCUCUGAGUGUGCUUUAUAAGUGCAUCACUGCCUACACAGGUGCAGACAGUGGGUCAGUGCAGCAGGUCCAGCAACUGGACACACUGAGCGCUCUUGGGCAGGACACGGCGCUGCUGCUCAGGGACAUCACGCAAGGUGCUUCCAGCUGGCUGCAGUCGCUACUCCAGGAAAAGCCUGCUGCACAAGCCUCGACCAGCAGGGCAACCAACGGACUGCGGGACCCCACACCUCACUCCGAGGAUGUACAAGAAGGCCCCAGGGAAUUCCCAGAGGGCUUCGAGCCCCUCCGAUCGGGUUGUCUCGCGGAAAUUCGGACCCCUUGCACCCCAGUUAUGAAUAACCCAUUUGUGUCUCCUCUGCUUGCACCUGACAGUCUCCUCAAGGGACUGCCACCAGUUCAUCUAGUGGCUUCAGCUUUGGAUGCCCUAUUGGAUGACUCUGUGAUGUUUGCCAAAAAGUUGAGAAGCAUUGGCCAACCAGUGACCUUGACAGUGAUCGAGGACCUCCCACAUGGCUUUCUCAGCCUAUCGCAGCUCUCCAAAGAGACACAGGAAGCAUCAAACCUCUGUGUGGGACGAAUCAGGGAGGUCUUUGUGCAUGAACCAGCUACUGCUACUCGCGGGCAACCAAUUCUCAGUUAGAACGAGGACUCUCUGGAUGGGUAAGGUAAAUUGGACUACCAGGAACUAUCAGGGCUCUUCCAAAAAGGUAUUUGUUUGUUUGUUUGUUUGUUUGUUUGUUUAAAAACACAAUUUCCCAAACUAGAUAUAAUAAACUUUUAUUAACCAUUGUUGAGAAUCAAGUCACCCUUUUAUACACUUCCAUGUUUAAACUUGAAAUACCAAAGGUCAAAGGUCUCCACCACUGUGAAAGCACGGUGAAGCAAGAGAGAAGCGGACUUUAACAGUGUAUUGCCUUUACUAUGUGAACCAGCCAUAUUGCCACUGUGUCUUUAACACAGCUCUAAGAUCCAUCUAAAGCUUAUGUCCAUACCUUCUAAUGACAUUUUGUACUUGAAAUCGCUGUGAAUCACCAUGGUGAUGUUAAAGGUACGUUUACUUUAUAGGAGUCUUUCACAUGUACAGUCUUUACAUGCACUGUGGGUGAUCAGGUGAUGGUUUAGAAAAAUGCUGUUGCAUCUGAGUCUUUAUCAGGGCUUUGUUUUUAAGAUGAAGUACAGAGAGAUGUCUAGAGAGAGAGCCAAUGUUGUGCUAAUGUUGUCGUUGGGCUUCACAACAUUGUGCCCCACUGCCUGUCUUCACAUACAAAAUAAAUCUGUAAUCAGGUCCAAACAGUUUAGGGCAUGGCUGAUAUAAUGGAUAAUUUUCAUCCACCAUGCACUGUUUAUCAUUUCAAAUGAUUUUAAUAAAGAAUGAAUGCAGUGUUUGUAAUUGCACCUUAACAAACUUUUAAUGGCCUAUAAAUAUACCUCCUUACUUAUACCUCAUCAUCUUUUUUGAAAUAUGUGUAAUAUAUACAGAAAUGCUUAUUGGUUCUUCUUUGUAACUGCCGCUGAUUAGUUGCUUUGAAAAUAUUAAAACAAACUGGCUGUUUGUUUGUUUGUUUGUUUGUUUUUUACAUUUUUGGUUCAGUUUGGUGAUGGAGGGCAUAUAACAACAGUGUUUCUUAUCUGAGUCUUUAGGACACACCAAUGGUCUGUUUUAUUGUCCCACCUAGUGCACCUGAAUUGAACUGUUAAGAACAACAAAACAAGGACUGUCAAGAACUUGUUUUGAAAAGCACAGAUAUUUAUUUUUUUACUCCUCCACCCUUAUAUAUUAUGGUUUGUACAGAUAACUUAGGUAUGAUGAAAACACUAUGUAAAGAUAGCAGAUAGCAGAUGUUAAGUUAUCUUAGCUCUCCCAGGCAACUGAAUACAACCUUCUGCACUUCACUUACCUGUGCUCUUCCUUUAGAUUCUAUGUGGUCAUAGUCUUUGUGUUCAUCCUAUCCCAAUGUUGGAGAGAGAGAGCUAUAAAAAAGUAAAAAAAAAAAAAAAAAAAAAAAA